AUGCCUCAAAGAAGUGUGGUUUCGUGGAAUGCUAUGAUAUCUGGGAAUGCACAAAAUGGGAAAUUUAGGGAGGCAAUAGAGAUGUUUCACGAGAAACAAAUGGGAGAUGUGCAUCCGAAUUAUGUGAAUUUUGUUAGUGUUCUUCCUGCAAUUUCGCGACUUGCGGCGCUUGAAUUAGGAAAAUGGGUGCAUUUGUAUGCAGAAGAAUGGGUAGAAGAAAAGAAGAGGCGGCAGUGGGUAGAGAGAUGUUUUGUUGAUAUUGUCACUCUCUCUUGCCUGUUGCUUCUUUGUGACUCAGCCAGAAUCAUGCCAAUGAAUGAAGUCGUUGUGGCCGCUGUGGGUGCAUUCCUCGGGGUGCUUUUCGACAGAUUGGUGAAUCCUAGGAUGCUGUCCUUUCUCAGUGGAUAUGGGAUAGAUUCAGUGAUAAAGCAGUGGAGGGAAAAGUUACCGAUGAUUCAAGCAGUACUUAACGACGCAGAAGAGAAGCAACUAACCAACAAGGCAGUGAAAAUGUGGUUGGAUGAUCUGCAACAAUUGGCUUAUGAUGUAGAUGAUAUUCUGGAUAAAUAUGCCACUCAACUUGAAGAGCGCAAAUUGAUGACUGCAGACCAGCCCACGGACAUCUUGACUGAUUAUUUCUCUUCUUUGAUGUCCAACCAUCACAUAAAGUCGGAGAUAGAAGAGGUAAAUCACCUCCUGGAAGAUCUUUGUGAACGAAGAGAUCGUCUUGGGUUGAAAGAGAUUGCUGGAGGGACAUCAACUGCUGUGCCGCAAAGACGACCAACCACAUCUUUGCAACACGAACCUGCUGUUAUUGGUAGAGAUGAUGAUAAAGCCAAAAUACUUGAAAUGAUUUCGAAGGAUAAACCAAGUGAUGACAACUUUCGUGUAGUACCCAUUGUCGGAAUGGGAGGAAUUGGCAAAACAACACUUGCUCGCGAAGUGUUCAAUGACAAGGCAGUGAAAGAUUUUGACCCAAAAGUAUGGGUUUCUGUUUCUGAUCAUGACCAUUUUGAUGAUGAAAAGAUCUGCAGGGCAAUUUUGGCAGAGAUAACUUCCAAGUCUUCCGAUGCGGAGACUUUUAACCAACUACAAGUUAAACUGAGAUCUCUAGUAGCUGGCAAAAAAUUCUUGCUUGUCCUGGAUGAUGUCUGGAAUGAAAAUCAUCAUAACUGGGAAAUCCUAAAAGCUCCCUUCAUGGCAGGAGCACCGGGGAGUAGGAUAAUUGUUACAACACGCAACCUCAAAGUUGUGUCAACAAUGACUGGAUCCAUUGAAAGUCAUAAUGUGAAGCUCUUAUCCGAAGGAGAGUGUUGGUCCGUGUUCGCCAAACUUGCAUUCGAGAAUAAAGAUAUUGCCAAAUUUACAAAUUUGGAAUAUAUUCGUCAAAAAGUUGCCUCGAAGUGCAAUGGCUUACCCUUGGCUGCUAGGACUCUUGGUGGCCUUCUACGUUCUGAGCCAAGAGAAAGUAAGUGGGAAACUAUUUUAGACAGUAAAAUAUGGGAAGAUACAUUGUACUCAAGUAAGCAGAGUGAGAUUCCUGCGGCGUUAAAAUUAAGCUACCACCAUCUUCCUUCCCAUCUUAAAAGAUGUUUUGCAUAUUGUGCAAUUUUUCCGAAGAAUUAUGAAUUCGAAGAGGAGGAGCUUGUCCUUUUGUGGAUGGCAGAAGGUCUAAUUCAAAAGUCAAAAGACAGUAUGGAAUUAGAAGAUGUAGGCGUUGAAUUGUUUCAAGAUCUGUUGUCAAGAUCACUUUUCCAGAAAUCAAUCAAAAUGUUCCGUUCUACUUAUGUAAUGCAUGAUCUUAUUAAUGAUUUGGCAAAAUGGGCUUCUGGAGAUACAAUUUGUAGAUUGGAGGAUGAAUUAAGGAUCAACAACCAAUUAGAAGUAUUAAAAAAGAUUCGCUACUUGUCGAUUUGCCACUUGUCUUACAAAGGUCAGUCUAAUGUGAGAACUGACCUGUGUAAUGUGAGGACUAAAUUUGAAGCACUCCUUGAAGCUGUGAACUUGAGGACAAUCUUGGAAGUCAACUAUCAUGCAUCUGGUAUAGAUUUUCCAAAUUUUUUGCCAAAAUUCAAGAAAUUGAGGGUGUUGUCUCUAAUGGGUGCUACGAUAGUUAGUUUACCUGAUACAAUUGGAGAUUUGAAACAUUUGAGGUACCUUAGUCUUUCAGACACCAUGAUUACAAGCCUACCUGAAUCAACAAAUUCCUUAAUCAACUUAGAGGUUUUACAAUUAAGAUGGCGUCAAUCAAUCAAAAAAUUACCUCCUAUGGGAAAUUUGGUCAAUCUACGCCAUCUUAAUAUCCAAGGAGUAAAUUUAACAGACAUGCCACUGGGAAUGGAAAAUUGGAAGAAUCUUCGAACAUUAUCUAAUUUUGUUGUGGGCAAAGAUAUUAGAUCCAGUUUGAAUGUUUUAAGUAACUUCAAGUUUCUUAGUGGAAAGCUUCAUAUUUCAAAAUUAAAAAAUGCUACCUCAUUUCCGCCAGAAGAGAUAUUAUGUGAUAAGGAGAAGUUAGACGAAUUAUGGCUAGAUUGGGAUUGUAGCAAUGGUGAUAAAGCGUGUCAAAGUGAGGAAGUACAGAAAAAUGUACUUGAUAUAUUAAGACCUCACAAAAAUUUAAAGAAGCUCUGCGUGGAACGAUAUGGUGGCACACAAUUUCCAGAUUGGCUUGGAGAUUUGUCAUUGUCUCUAACUUCCCUGGAGACACUUGAGAUUGAUCGCUGUCACAAUUUGCAAUGUCUGUUUUCUGAUAGAAAAGUGGGCACUUCAUCUUCCUCUUCUUCACUGAUGGACACUCGGCUUCUUAAUCUGAGGAUCACCAAUUGCUCAUCUCUCAUGAGUUUAUCAUCAACAGGUCAGUCACCUAAGACGCUUGAGCACCUUGAAAGUUUACAAAUUUACAAUUGUGAUUCUUUGACAUGCAUUGUGAGAGGUCAGCUACCUUCAUCUCUGAGAGAGCUAUCUGUAAAUCGUUGUAAGAAAUUGAAGUGUUUGUUGGAUGAUACAGAAGUUGUUGGCACUUCUUCUCUAUCUUCUUCUUCAGUGAUUCACAGAGAGAACAUUGACAGCACUAGAAUAUCUCAGUCUCAGCUAGAAGACUUGGACAUCAGCAUGUGCUCAUCUCUCGCUUGUUUAUCAUCGAAAGGUCUGUCACUUACUAAACUUAAGCGCCUCAAAAUUGACAAUUGCUCAAGUCUCUCUACUUUAUCAUUAAUGGGCCAUUUACCUGCACUCAGAAAAAUUAAGAUCUCCCUUUGCCCAAAUCUCCCCAUCUUAUUGUUAGAAGACCAACCAACUGAAGCACUUAAAUACCUCACGGUUAUUCACUGUGAAAAAUUAGAGCUAAUAGCGAAGAGGUUCCAGAAAAACUUGGCUCUCCAAGAUAGUUGUAUGGACAUUUGUUAUAAUCUUAAAUCCCUACCAGAGGGUUUACACAAUCUUAAUUUUCUUCGUAAGAUUUCCAUAUAUAGAUGUGAUAGUCUUUUGUCCUUCCCUGAUGAAAGGCUUCCUAGCACAAUCCGAGAAGUCUAUAUAUCUGGUUGUGGGAAUCUUAAAGCUCUUCCCAAUGGCAUCCACACCCUCAACUCUCUUCAAACGUUGACGAUAUCCCAUUGUCCAAGAAUAACAUUUCCAGAAGAAGGUCUCCCCACCAGCCUCACAUCACUUACAGUUGGAGGUCCGAAUAUCUGUAAGCCACUGAUGGAGUGGAGAUUGCACAAGCUCACCUCUCUUAAAUACCUCUGGAUUGAGUGGGGAUUGUACAAGCCCUUUCUUACCUCUCACUCGACUAAUGAAGUCUCAGAUGCAGAAUCUUUUCCAAAGGAAAGGAUAGGAGGGCCUCCCAUCCUCACUUUCGAUAUUAAGGAUUUUGGAUUGCGGCCUGUUAAAAGAACAGUGUAA